ACCAAUCAGCGGCGCGGGGGCGGGCCGCGGGCGCGCACGUUCCUGGGCCGCAGCUCUAGUAGCCGGAGCGCAAGGAGACGCGGCGCGGGGCCGGCGGGGACAGAGCGGGCGCCUCGGUCUCCUUCCCUCUCCUCGCCGCCUUCUCUCCGCUGCCGGACCGGAACUAUGCGAUCCCGGAAGUUCCGGGGCCAUUGCUGUGUGGGAUAAACAGUAAUGGCGGAGGCUGCGGCUCCCGGAACAACAGCCACAACAUCAGGAGCAGAAGCGGCAGCGGCGGCGGUGGCAGCGGCCUCCCCCACCCCUCUCCCCACAGUCGCCGCCCCGUCCCCGGGGGCGGGCGUAGGGGGCGGCGGCAGCGACGGCAGCGGCGGCGGCUGGACUAAACAGGUCACCUGCAGGUAUUUUAUGCACGGGGUUUGUAAAGAAGGAGAUAACUGUCGGUACUCGCAUGAUCUCUCUGACAGUCCGUAUGGUGUAGUGUGCAAGUAUUUUCAGCGAGGGUACUGUAUUUAUGGAGACCGUUGCAGAUAUGACCAUAGCAAGCCAUUGAAACAGGAAGAAGGAACUGCUACAGACCUAACUGCAAAAUCAUCUGCUGAAAUGGAUACAGGCGAAGCUGAGUCAAGAAAUUCAAACUUUGCAACUGUGGGAGCAGGUUCAGAGGACUGGGUGAAUGCUAUCGAGUUUGUUCCUGGACAGCCCUACUGUGGCCGUGCUGCCCCUUCCUGCACUGACGCACCCCUGCAGGGCUCAGUGACCAAGGAAGAAUCAGAGAAAGAGCAAACCGCUGUGGAAACAAAGAAGCAGCUUUGCCCCUAUGCUGCAGUGGGAGAGUGCCGAUAUGGGGAGAACUGUGUGUAUCUCCACGGAGAUUCAUGUGAUAUGUGUGGGCUGCAGGUCCUACAUCCAAUGGAUGCUGCCCAGAGAUCACAACAUAUAAAAUCUUGCAUUGAGGCCCAUGAGAAGGACAUGGAGCUCUCAUUUGCUGUGCAGCGCAGCAAGGACAUGGUGUGUGGGAUCUGCAUGGAGGUGGUCUAUGAGAAAGCCAACCCCAGCGAACGCCGCUUCGGGAUCCUCUCCAACUGCAACCACACCUACUGUCUCAAGUGUAUUCGCAAGUGGAGGAGUGCAAAGCAAUUUGAGAGCAAGAUCAUAAAGUCCUGCCCAGAAUGCCGGAUCACAUCUAACUUUGUCAUUCCAAGUGAGUACUGGGUGGAGGAGAAAGAAGAGAAGCAGAAACUCAUUCAGAAAUACAAGGAGGCAAUGAGCAACAAGGCGUGCAGGUAUUUUGAUGAAGGACGUGGGAGCUGCCCAUUUGGAGGGAACUGUUUUUACAAGCAUGCGUACCCUGAUGGCCGUAGAGAGGAGCCACAGAGACAGAAAGUGGGAACAUCAAGCAGAUACCGGGCCCAACGAAGGAACCACUUCUGGGAGCUCAUUGAGGAAAGAGAGAACAGCAGUCCCUUUGACAACGAUGAAGAAGAGAUUGUCACCUUUGAGCUGGGCGAGAUGUUGCUUAUGCUUUUGGCUGCAGGUGGGGACGACGAACUGACAGACUCUGAAGAUGAGUGGGACUUGUUUCAUGAUGAGCUGGAAGAUUUUUAUGACUUGGAUCUAUAGCAACCUUGCGUGGUGCGUGAACUGGGCUGCCGAGCCUCAGACAGUAGCUGUCCCCUGUGCUGGUGUGGCAGUGCCUGUGUUUCUCUCUGAGGCAGGCCUAUCAACUCCAGGUGCUGUCAUAAUAAUUUUUACCCAGGGCCUGUCUUUUCAAUCCCUCACCUUUACCCAAGGAGUGUGUUGUUUUCUCUGUUUAAAAAAGUUACAAAAAUAAAUCUUAAAAGUUAGUUUUUUUGUAACACGAGUUUAACUGUCAGUUAGUGUAGGUUUGUUGCGUCAUCUGUUUUCAACCAGAUUGUGUUUGUGGACUUUUCACACUCACUUUGAGGACCCCGCCCCCCAGGUUCAAAAGUAAAAGCACUGGCCCUGCUUUGGGGUCUAAGAAUAGGAGUGUCGGGUGAAGGGACCUGAGCUGGCAAGUAGCCUUCUGCUACAGACUAGGAGGUGGCUCCUUGGGGUUUCCGGUGAAAUCUGCACAUCUGUGUUUUUACACCUGUUCCCUACCCUGGAAUCCCUACCAUGUACAUUUGUUCUGUGGUUUUGAUCUCUUGUUUAAUUGCACAUAAGUAAUACUACUGGGUAACCAGAACCAGGUGUGAAUGUGUUGAGAUUUCUACUGUGUUUUGCAUGAUAGGAAAAUUGAGAAAGAAUACAUAUAAAAGAUAUAGGGUCACAAAAUCAAUGCAGAGUUGGAAGUUGACUCCCAAGGGCUGGUAGACUUGAUGUGUGUGUGAAUGUGGGAGAGAGAGUAUGUGUGUGUGAGUGUGUGAGAUAAGCUUCUCAUCCCUGCAUAGAUGCAGUAUUCUUAGCCUUAGUAGAAAAACUUGGUCUAGUGGUUUCAGCCUUGUGUGGCAGAUAGAUCUUAAAGGACAAAGCAGUAUAUUGGUAGUUGUUAACAUAGCAGUGCUAGCUCUGUCUGUCUAUAUACAUAGAGAAAUUGGGGUUAGCCAUAGAGGUUAAAACUAUCUGGUUAUCCCAUAUAUUAACACAAACUGGCUCUUGGACACACAGUUGUAUUUAAUGUUCUGUGAUCUAGCCUUUCCAAUCCAGGCACUUUUUGAAAAACCUUUGUCCUCAUUUGAGGAAUCUUAUUGUCGGGUUUUCUUGUUUGUUUUGGUGGGUAUUGCCUCAUUCCACCCCUGAGCUUUGCAGGUUGACAGAUGUGAUUCAAAACUAUGUUCUAAGGUAUUUAUUAUAGUGGAAUAAUUGGUUUGCAAUAAUAAGUCACACUUUUCCACUAAAGGGGAGGGAUGGUAAUCGAUAAGACAAGCUAAAGUUCAGUUAGAAGAAUUCCUUGAUCAGAAAUUUUACCUUUGCAUUUUGUUGCUCUUUUUCCUGAAAAUAACUUGGAGAUGCUCCUGGUUUGUCCAUCCACUGCUUUGAUUCCUUGGAUCCCACCCAUUCUUUCACUUUAAGAAAAAAACAAAUAAUUGUUGCAGAGGUCUCUGUAUUUUGCAGCUGCCCUUUUGUAAGAAGCACUUUUCCCAAAUAAAACAAUU